GCAGAAUAAUUAACGGUGGAAAAUGAUGAAACACCCAAGUAUGCAAAAGAAUACCCCCCAAGAUAAAACUCUCCAACAUAUGGCUCAAAUUCUUAGGCCAUGACUGAUAAUUCCACUCAGCAAGAGAAUACAAUGGUUUUACUACUAGCCAAAUUUUGCCUGUCUUCUUAUCUUGAUAUUUUUCCAUUUGUUAUUAUUAUUUAGUUUGUCAAUAAAAAAAGUAUAUAAAUAAUAAAUCAAUCAAAUUUAUUAUAAUAAAUACUUUCCAAUUUUUAAUUUUAUUUUAUUUACAAAAUUCAAUGAAUGAACACUAAUUAGAGGUGGGUAUUGGAGUUUUUAAUGCAAAGGAAGAAACUUUAAGAAAGCAAGCAAAGAGCAGCCAUGGAUGUUCCUUUACAAACUCAAAGACCAAAUCUUUGGUGUAGACAAAGUUUUAGGCAAAAUGCCCAAUUGAAUUUUAGACCAUUUACUGGGUUUUUCCCUUUUAAAUCAUCUACUAGAUUCUCUCAAUUUUAUUCUAGGAACCUCGAGUAUUCAAGGAAUGGGUUUUUCCGUCCAUGUUCUGCUACCGGUGAUUUUUCGAAGAAGAAACAAAAAAGAUGGUCUACAUCAAGGUCUAAAAGUCCAGCUCCAAAAGGAUUCGUUCCAAAGGCUCCAGUUGGAACUAGCUCGCAGAAGAGGGAUCAAAGGAAUGAAGAAGACAGCAGCAGUUCAGUUUCUUCAUCUCCCGAGCUUAGUAGGAGAGAAUCUGAUGUAGGAAUUAGUAGUGGCAAGGAAAGUGAGCGAUUAGAAGCUCCUCGAGUAAAUAAGUUCGAACAACGAGAGGAUGCAACUAAUGGGAAAGUUGGAAAUGUAUCUGCAGCUAACGAAGCAGUCGUUGCUAGCGCAAAUCCAAUCAAGGAGAUAGAAAAUUCUAGUGGGUCUAUCGGAAAAGAGAAAACUAGUGAGAAUUUAGACGAUGAUCAAGAAACUUCCACUGAAAAUGAAAUAGUGGUUUCUGAUACGAUAAUCAGUGAUGAGAAAGAGAGUGACGAAUCAAAGGUAAUUGAGGAUUUAUCUUUGGAAAAUCAGCAAAGCAAUGAAGAAAAUUUUGUGGGUGAUACGAAAGUGUUGCUAUCGGAGAAAGGGGUUUCCGAUAUAACCCCAUUUGAGAAAAAGGUGAUGGAUUUAGUUAAUGUUCAGGAGAAUCUAUCUAUGACGAGCUACGAAACCGUUGAGUCUGACACGAAUGUUACUGAAACCGAAACACUGGGGAUCGGAAAUGCCCCUGAAAUUUUAGAUAGUACAGUAGCUGAUGAUGAUAAUGUUGUGGAAACGGAGGAGUUGUGUUCUGAUAUGAGAGGUACUGUGUCGACUUACGAGAAGGAAUUGGAAGAGUCUUUGCGGAAAUUGGAGAUGGAGAAAAAAGCACUCGUACGGAAACAAGUGAUCGAGGAAAUGGCUGAGGAGAAUUUAUCCAGUGGGAACAAAAUCUUUAUUUAUCCUAGGUCAGCAAAGCCGGAUCAAGAUAUCGAGCUGUUCAUCAAUCGGAGUCUUUCGACUCUUAAAGAUGAGCCCGAUGUGCUCGUCAUGGGCGCAUUUAAUGACUGGCGGUGGAAAUCAUUUACCACAAGACUUCAAAAGACGAAUCUCAAAGGCGACUGGUGGUCCUGUCAGAUUCAUGUUCCUAAGGAAGCAUAUAAGAUAGAUUUUGUAUUUUUUAACGGGCGAGAUGUUUAUGACAAUAAUGGGAAGAAAGAUUUCCACAUAGCUGUGGAAGGGGGUAUGGAUGCGUACAUUUUCGAGGAUUUUUUGCUCGAGGAGAAACGUAAGGAACAAGAGAAGGUGGCAGCAUUGGAAGCUGAGAGACAAAGACAAGCUGAGGAGCAGAGACGAAGGGAGGAAGAGAGAGCUGCAAGCGAAGCUGAUCGAGCGCAAGCAAAGGUAGAAGUGGAGAAACGAAGAGGAAAGUUGAAAGAAUUGAUGGGUAAAGCUGUUUCGUCCCUGGAAAAUGUCUGGUUUUUCGAACCUCGAGAGUUUAAAGAUGGUGAUUUGGUGCGUUUGUAUUAUAACAAGAGCUCUGGUCCACUCGUUCAUGCCAAGGAUGUUUGGAUUCAUGGGGGUCAUAAUAGUUGGAGUCAUGGGCUCUCAGUUGUUGCUCAACUGGUGAAAUCUGAGGAGAAAGGUGGUGACUGGUGGUAUGCUGAAGUUGUUGUUCCUGAUCAAGCGGUUGUCUUGGACUGGGUUUUUGCUGAUGGUGCACCAAAGAAUGCUUCCAUCUAUGAUAACAACAAGCGCCAGGAUUUUCAUGCUAUUGUUCCCUUGGCUGUGCCUGAUGAACUCUUUUGGGUUGAGGAAGAACUGCGUAUUUACCAGAAUCUUCAGGAGGAAAGGAGAUUAAAAGAGCAGGCAGCACGUGCCAAGGCUGAGAAAACAGCUCGCAUGAAAGCUGAAACAAAAGAAAAAACUUUGAAGAAAUUCUUGCAGUCUCAAAGGCACAUUGUUUACACUGAUCCCGUAGAUGUACAAGCGGGACGAGAUGUUACCGUGCAUUACAACCCUUCUAACACUAUUUUGCAUGGGAAACAAGAUGUUUGGUUUAGAGGUUCCUUUAAUCGAUGGACUCAUCGCAGAGGCCCAUUGCCUCCUCGGAAAAUGUUACCUGCCGAGAAUGGUUCUCAUGUCCAAACAACUGUCAAGGUGCCAUUGGAUGCAUACAUGAUGGAUUUUGUUUUCUCUGAGCGGGAGGAUGGUGGAGUUUUUGACAAUAGAAAUGGUAUGGAUUACCAUGUACCAGUCUUCGGUGGGAUAGCCAAAGAGCCUCCUUUGCAUAUCGUCCAUAUAGCGGUUGAAAUGGCCCCUAUAGCUAAGGUGGGUGGUCUUGGAGAUGUUGUAACUAGCUUGUCACGUGCUGUUCAAGAUUUGAACCAUCAUGUUGAUGUAGUUCUUCCAAAGUACGAUUGCUUGAACCUUAACCAUGUGAAGGACUUCCAUUACGCAAAGAGUUAUUCAUGGGGUGGUACCGAGAUAAAAGUUUGGUUCGGGAAGGUUGAAGGACUUUCUGUUCACUUUUUGGAGCCGUUGAACGGAUUAUUCCGUACCGGUUCUGUCUAUAUUGGUAGAAAUGAUGGUGAGAGGUUUGGCUUCUUUUGUCACGCUGCACUUGAGUAUCUCCUCCAAAGUGGAUUCCAUCCUGAUAUAAUUCAUUGCCACGAUUGGUCAAGUGCUCCAGUGGCAUGGCUUUACAAAGAGCAUUAUGGACAGUAUGGUCUUACUAAUGCUCGUGUUGUUUUCACUAUUCAUAAUCUUGAAUUUGGGGCAUAUUUCAUUGGAAGAGCGAUGGCAUUUGCGGACAAGGCUACAACUGUUUCCUAUACGUAUUCAAAGGAGGUUGCUGGAAAUCCUGCAAUUGCUCCUCACCUGUACAAAUUCCAUGGUAUAUUGAAUGGGAUUGAUCCGGACAUAUGGGAUCCUUUUAAUGAUAAGUUCAUUCCUGUAUCUUACACAUCAGAAAAUGUUGUAGAAGGAAAACGAGCGGCCAAGGAAGCCUUACAACAAAGGCUUAACAUAAAGAAAGGUGAUUUCCCGGUUGUCGGAAUAAUUACUCGCUUAACUCAUCAGAAAGGCAUUCAUCUCAUCAAGCAUGCUAUUUGGCGCACCAUAGAGCGUGGUGGACAAGUUGUUCUGCUGGGUUCUGCUCCGGACCCGCGCAUACAGCAAGAAUUUGUUGAUCUGGCAAAUCAGUUGCAUAAUAUGCAUCAUGACCGUGCUCGCCUUUGUUUGACUUACGAUGAACCUCUUUCACAUUUGAUUUACGCUGGCUCAGAUUUGAUUCUCGUCCCCUCAAUAUUUGAACCAUGUGGCCUUACGCAGCUUGUUGCUAUGAGAUAUGGUUCAAUUCCCGUUGUUCGUAAAACAGGAGGACUUUACGAUACUGUAUUUGAUGUUGAUCAUGACAUAGAGAGAGCAAAAGCGCAGGGUUUGGAACCGAAUGGAUUCAAUUUUGAGGGAGCUGAUCCUGCAGGUGUCGAUUACGCUCUUAAUAGGGCGAUAUCAUCUUGGUACGAUGGAAGGGAGUGGUUCAACGGAUUACAAAAGCUCGUGAUGGAACAAGACUGGUCUUGGAAUCGACCAGCCCUCGAGUAUAUGGAGCUUUAUCACGCGGCACGCAAGCAAUGAGGAGGUCAAUAUCUCUUAGGCAAACAAGUUUAGAAAACACAGAUAUCUACAGAUUGUACAGGCUCAGUAAUUUAUUUGCUGAUAAGUUUUUGUGAACUCAAGCUUAGUCUUGAAUUUGAUAUCAUAUUCAUGGAUCAUAAUAAUGUGAAAUACCAAAGUGUUUGGUAUACACUUUAUAAUUAUUAUACAAUAAAUGGAACAGUUCUUCAUUAUCAAUAAAAAUGAUUCAUUUUUU